GGUGCAUCUUAGCUAAUGGCUAAUGUGUCACACUGAUCCCACUCUUGCUUUACCAUACCGCACAACAUGGCUACCCCCUGCAAAUAAUAUAACCAAAUUUUUGGAAUUUAACAAGAUUGAUAAUCGUAUUAAAGAAUAACUGUUAUACGGCAUACUCUAUUUAAUAAAUAAUUAAUAAUGGUCUUUUAUACUCAAUCUCUGCUACGGCGAAUAACAUCAGGACAUGUUAGAAUGUUUGGAACUGCUUUGGAAGCCAUAAAGGUCCCUGAGGAACCUCCACAAACAUUUAGGACAAUUGAGAAUAAUCCUGCAAAUCAUACUAUAGAUCACAUGAAUAGAUUUUAUACAAUUGCUCCUGAAAUUCAAAAACAAUUGUUCCAACAUGGUGGAUUGACAAAGUUUUUUCAAAAGCAGGUGAAAACCUUCGCAGAAUGCUCAAUUUUAAUAAGGCAACCAGCUAUUGAAAUUAUAUCUUACAUAAGACAAAGUGAUUAUUCUAAACCACCAAAUAAAUAUGUAUUAUAUGGAGAAUUUGGUGUUGGAAAAUCAACCACUCUCGUACAUCUUAUUCAUUAUGCAUUUGCCACUAGGAAAAUUCUUAUUCAUGUUCCAUGGGCUCAAAAUUGGUUUUCUCGCCCGAGGGAGACAGCAAAUUCCAUAGUGCAUGAAGGCAAUAUAGACUUACCAAUAGAUGCAGCAGCUUGGCUAGUUCAUUUCAAAAAUCAGAAUCAUUAUCUUCUUUCAGAAUUGGACUUAAGGGUGACCAAGGAUUAUGCAUGGAGCCAUCGAGAAACAACCUCCAAUGGGACGCCUUUGCUCGAAAUGAUAAAUUUUGGAAUAAAUCGCAUUAAAUUUGCUUCUGAAAUUAUAAACGUUUUAAUAAACGAACUCAAAGAAGCGAGUAGAGAUGGCAAGUGUAGCACAAUGGUAGCCAUUGAUGGAUACAAUGCCUUCUUCUCUGAGUAUAGUGCCAUUCGUGACGAUAAUAAAAAAGUUGUCCCACCUUCAAGGGUUUCCUUGACGCACGCUUUUCUAAAUAUUACGAAAAGCGACUGGUGCAACGGCAUCAUUGUUGUAGCUGUUGAUAUUCUAGCAACAAAGGAUAGACGAGAGUCCUAUCUACCACGAUUUUUACUGAAUAAAGAAGGCUUCGAGCAUAUGGAUCCGUUCCUCCCAGUACACGUGAAGAAUUAUACGACCGACGAAUUCGAGAUCAUCGCAGAAUAUUACAAGAAUCGCAAAUGGAUACGUGAUAUUUCGAAGCAGGGUCUAAGGGAACUCCAACUUCUUUCUCAGAAUAAUCCAUACAAAUUCAUGGAAUACUGUACGCCAUUGUAGGAUACAUAAAUAAAACAAAUAUAUAUAUAUAUAUAGUAAACAUUUCAA